AUGUCCGACAGUCGCUCGGAGGAGUGCCUGGUGGACUUUCUGGGCAAGAAACGAUGGAACUUUGCCAGGACGCGAGAUGAUGGGCCUUCUAGUGAGGAUGGCGCCGCUGAGGAGAAGAGGGCUUCUAGGAGGUUACAGAGGCUGCAGGGGCUUACCCUACCUAUCAAGUCUAGUGCUCGCCACAUGGUGUAUGCUCAUCUAGAGGAGCCCUCCUUGCACUGGAUAACCCUUAAUGUCUAUCGCUUGUACAACAUCCUCAUUGUCAUCAGCGUUAUAACUUCGGUGCUGGUCACUUUGCCUGUUCCCGAUACGUUGGCCUACGACACUCGGGAUGGCUUGGAGGUUGCCGAGACAGUCUUCAACGUUAUCUUCCUCUUGGAGAUAGUGGUGCCGGCCAUGCGAAUGCUGAAACUGACGCGUUACAGCACUGGCUGGCGACUUCUGGUCAUCAGCCUGUCCCUCAGCAUGGAUGCUCUCAGGGUGCCCAUGCUGAUGUUGAUAUUCCUGGUGACAUGGUUUGCCUCGAUCAUAUACUGGGUGGAAGACGUUACCUUGCCCGACACAGCCCGACCUGCUGCUGCCUUCGCCUCUCUCCCUCAUGCCAUGUGGUUUUCUAUAGUCACCAUCAGUACUGUGGGAUAUGGUGAUACGGCUCCGGCAACUGAUGGAGGCCGGGCCAUCUCAGCCUUGCUCAUCAUAGUCGGCGCCUCCUACAUGGCCCUGCCGUUGAACAUCGUCGGGUCAACCUUUUGGGAUGUGUGGACCGACCGCGACAAGCUCCUCAUCAUUGACAAGAUCCAGCAGAGGCUCUCAAGGAGGCGAAUAACGCGAGAUCGACUUUACGAGGUAUUCGCGACUAUGGACGAGGAUGGUUCGGGUGUCAUUGACAUUACUGAGUUCGAGCACAUGCUGAAUCGCCACUUUAGGCUGGGCAUGCCGACUCACAGCAUUCUGCGUCUGUUCCGUACCAUUGACGCUGAUGGGGAAGGGAAGAUAUCAUUUGAUGAGUUUUGCAGCUGCCUGUUUCCCGAGCUGGUCAAUCCUGAGAUGUCCUUCCCAACUAGGGCGUCGAUUUCCCGCAAUCACCGGGCAUCCUAUGCCAGCAGUGGAAGAGCCUCUGUGAUGCGGGUGGUUCCUGAUGAUGAUUUCGACCCGCUAGAAGCCGAGAUAGAGGCAUCGAAAGCUGGUGCGGCUAGGGUCGGUCCUUCUGAAGGGCAGUACUUGAGGGAACUGGAAGAUACCAAGGCGGCGGAGACAGCUCACUAUGCGGCUGUCCUUGCUCGGCUUAGCCGUUUCGAGCGAGAAUUGGAGUCGACCCGACGGGAUAUGAGAAGGAUAGCCGAGGUUGUUGAGGGGAUAGCUGAGAGCCUGAGGGGAAGAGACCACCGCGGGGGCGCCGUCCAUACUGACGAUCCUGUCAACGUCGAGGAUGUCAUAUUCCAGCAGCGAGUUUGA